CCCAUUACUAACCCUAAACCAACCCCAUUUCUCAAACCCCUACUUCUUCUCUGCCGAUAACAAAACUCAUCCCUCUUUCCAGAGGAGAGAGAGAGAGCAAAAAAACCCUAAAAAUGGUGAAGUUUCUGAAAACAGGAAAAGCCGUAAUCCUCCUUCAAGGGCGAUACGCAGGUCGGAAGGCAGUAAUCGUGCGCAACUUCGACGAAGGUAGCCGGGAUCGCCGUUACGGACACUGCCUUGUCGCCGGCAUCAACAAGUACCCGAAGAAGGUGAUUCGCAAGGAUUCCGCAAAGAAGCAGGCGAAGAAAUCGAGGGUGAAAUGCUUCGUCAAAGUUGUGAAUUACAAUCACAUAAUGCCUACUCGUUACACUCUUGAUGUUGAUCUUAAGGAUGUUGUUUCUACUGAUGUUCUUCAGUCUAAGGAUAAGAAGGUUACUGCUGCUAAAGAGACUAAGUCUAGGUUUGAGGAGAGGUUUAAGACUGGGAAGAAUCGUUGGUUUUUCUCCAAACUCAGGUUCUAGAGAAUUACAGAUUUAUCAACCAGAGUAAUUUUUUAUGCUUUUUUUUUUGUUUGUCUAUUUCAAUGUUGGGAUUAAACUGUGGUUUUUAAUUUUGUUUAGGAGUUGUUUUUGUUUGGGAAUUUUGGCUGAUUAUGAUAUAUGAUGAACCCAUUUUAUCACUGCUA